AUGUCCAGUGGCGGCGCUCCGGUGCGCGCCACGCGUUCGGUGCAAGCGACGCGUCACCAUGGUAACGGCUGCCAUGGUCCCAAUCGCGUGCCUGGAGAUUCCAUCAGCGCUGCGCCGGCCUCGCCGGCCACGGACACCAGCAUGCAGCAGGGUCCGGAGCCGGCCGCCUCUGACGCUGAAGGGUCAGUGGAGCCAGUGGUGUCGCUGCACAGAUUCCAGUUCCACAGCCGCUGCCAGAAAAUCGACUGGCGCAAGAUCGCGGCUGUGGACGUGGACCAGGUGGCUCGCGAGGUCGACGUGAACGCGCUGCAGAAGAAUGUCACCCACCUCACCUUCUGCGACAUCGACCACGAGCUGGAAGGAACGUCAGUAGACCCCAACUUCAUCAAGUUGUUCAAGCUUGCGCAACUCUGCAUUGAAUACCUCAUGUAUUCGCAGGACAUUCUACUCCAGUCGCUGACCGACACCGAGGACCAACUGGCGGAGGCGAUGCAGGCGCUGGAAGAGGAGCGCAAGUUCCGCAUUUGCGACCAGGAGGCCAUACGUGAACUGCAGCGUGAGAACCGCAAGCGACGCCGCAUCAUCGAAAACCAGCAGCUGGAGAUGUUGCGCUCUGACCGCUUCGCACCCACGGGAGCACCUUGCCCGUACUGCCGCAAGGUGUUCGUCAGCCUGGCGUACCUGCAAGCGCACGUGGUGCGACGGCACCCGGACAAGCCCGCGCCGACUGAGGACGCUCUGCUGGCGCAGUGGCAGCGAGUGGCCACUGGCACGGCGCUGCCAACGGCGACCGAGUUGAACCGGGGCUUGCAGGAACUCAGGGGCCUCCUGCUGCAGAAAGAAGACGGGCCCGACCACGCCGAGGACAAACUGCUCUUCCGCGACGAACUGCUCUGUCGGCUGGACGAGCUUCAGCGAAAGUGCGACAGCCUGGCGGUGGGUGGUCGCAAGCUAGGCUCGGCGGGUGCUGCUGCCGGCGAGGCGAGUCCCUGGGAGCUGUCGGUCGAUCCCCCCGGCUCGUUCUCCGAGGGGCAGGCGGCGCUGGCCAGCCUUUCCCAACAGCUGAUCCAACAGAAGGAUGAAGUGAGCCGCCUUCUCGCGCAGCAGGAACGACUCUUCCUGCAGCGCAUGGACGCGCUCGCCAAGGACGUCGUGGCGCUCGCCAAGACGAGCACCAGCCUGGAGAGGAAGCUGUCCCAAAUGGAGGAUCCCUUUAGUGGCCGCGCUCACCACCGUCACUCGCUGCUCUACCGCGAGGGGGCGGCACCGCUUGGUGCAGGGAUCGGCCUGCUGGCCGACGGCUCCAACUCGCCCAUGCGCUUAUCCAGGCCUUACUCCGAAGCCGUCAAGGCGUCUCCACUGCGCUUUCCUCAGAGCACGCUGUCUAUGCCCGUGCCAGCUCCUCGGCAGCGAGUGCUCUACAAUGGAAAGGGUCUGAGGCAGCCGCCGUCGCUUAUUCUACCACGAAAGGAUUCCAGGGUUCAUCCAAAAGUAGCCCAGAGUGGCCCCAUAAAAGAGCAGCGUGAGAUCAGCAGCCGGCGUGUGACGCGCCAUGAGGCCAACAGCGAGGGUCGCUCUGAGCGCAUGAAGUCGGCUGUGCACAGCACGCCGAACCUCAUCGACGCACUCAAGGAGGAGAUCAUGGACCUCACCCGAAACAAACUGUCCGGCAUCGGAAUCAACGAGCUGGGCAAAGCUUCGGUGACGGACAGCAUCUUCCGAGACUGCAGCAAGAGGCUCAACUCUGAGCGACGGCUCCUAGCGAAGAAAAACAAAAAGUUCUUCGACGUUCGUCAUCGCAACGGACCGUUGUCGGAAGACCUGUCUACGCCGAAGGCCGCCCGAGGCACUCCCGAAGGUAGCUGGCCUUUCGAGGUGAACAGCCGAAACAGCUCAAAGGUGGCCAUCCCGCCAUCAAGCAUCCCGAACACGGAUACUCCGAAGGAGGGCUUCGCCUUCAAUAGGUGUGAUUCUUCGGCCAGCUCGGCGGCGUCUCCGAGCAGGGGCGAGGGGCCCGUGAGUAGCUGCCGCUACAGCACUGCUACGCCUGCUCCUCUCAGCAGCUGCAGCAGCGGACUGCACAGGCCCCGCCGCUUCCUGGCUCGCUCGGGCCGCUCCCGUCAGCCUUCUUCGAUCGCCACUUCGCACGACAUAAUAAAGCCUCUCAUCUCCAGCAGCGACGACGACGACUGCAUCGUGGGUGGCCGGCAGCGCGCGCCGGCCUGCGCCACCAGCAGCAGGUAUUCCUCGGUGGCAUCCAAGACGCACCCUCCCGCCGGCCGGCCCAAGUCGUCGCGACCGCAGACGCGCAUCACCGACCUGGUGCAGUCGAUCGAGUCGCAGCUGCUCAACCGGUCGGCACGACCUCCGAUGGGCGCCGUGAACUACCGUCAACGAGGGUGCCCACCGCAAGGAGUCCGGGGUGAGGAUUCUGCCAGUGGCUCCGCUAAGCGCUGA